AUGCGACAAAUAGAAAAACAUAAUGGAAUAUACUGUAUCAAAAAUGAACCAGAAUUGAAUAAUAUGUUACAUGGAAUGGUAAAUCAGAUUGAUAUAAUAUUACAACUUAAUAUAGCAGCAUCACAUACUAUUCCAUCAUCAAAUCAUAUGGCAUCAUCAGAUCAUAUGGCACCACCACCAUAUCAGGGUUUACUUAAUAAUCGAAUAUAUCGUUCUAUAUUGGACGAUAUGCAAAAGUUUCCAUAA